UUUUUAUAAUUUAGCACUCUAUAUCCGAAAAGAAAUUAGGCGGAGCUGCCCGGGCCGGAUCCGGCUGUUGCGCGAGCACAUGAUUGGCAGCUGAAAUUCUCGACAGUUUGGUCGCAGCGGAAGCGUUCCAUCAUCCCUACCAGUCUCGGGCCACCAGUCUCAGCUAUUCCUUGUUCCCUCCACGGUCACGUGGUUCUGUUUCUUCCUUUCCUUUUAGCUGAAACCCUACUCAUCUUCGAUUUUUCCAAACUCUGCCUUCCCGAUCUCGUCCCUCAAUGGAAGCUCGUUUUGAGUCAUGAGGUGGAAAGUUAUCCGCUGCGGUUUUCAUGGCGAUGCUGCUGAAGAAGGUCUGGGAAUCGAUGCUCAGCCGCUCGGGCUCGACUUCAAAUUCGGGUCGUGGAUCUUUGGAUUUUCCAGCUAGGCCUUUCUCAAUGGGGGCAUUUGACCAGCUGCCCACUGAUGUGCUCAUGCAGAUUCUGAGAAUGCUUGGGCCCAGAGACGCCGCAAAGGCGAGAGCUGUCUGCUGGGCAUGGAAAUCGUUGGCAUCGGACAACAUGCUGUGGAUCUUCUUUCUCCAUAAUGGAAAGGAGCCUUGGGAUUCUGUGGUGUUUGCCGAGUCGCACCUACGGGUUGGGUUUCGUUCCAUGAUGUAUUUAGAUCCUCCAUCAGAGCUAUCUUUCAUGCAUACAUAUGCGCAACGUGAGAAUGUUCCAGGCACAAUUAUAAUUGAUGGCGGUUCUGGAUACUGCAAGUAUGGUUGGAGCAAGUUUUCCUCUCCCUCAGGACGUUGUGCAACAUUUUUGGAAUUUGGUAAUAUAGAAUCUCCAAUGCACUCAAGACUUCGUCAUUUCUUUACAACAAUCUAUACAAGGAUGCAGGUCAAACCACCAACUCAGCCAAUUAUUGUAUCUAUACCUAUCUGCCACUCUGAUGAUACUGAAUCUGCUAGAGCAUCUAGAAGGCAACUUAGAGAAGCAAUAUACGCAGUUCUUGCUGAUCUGAAUGCUCCUUCUAUUUGUGCUGUUGAUCAGGCAGUGUUGGCCCUGUAUGCUUCAAAACGUACUUCUGGAAUUGUUGUAAAUAUUGGAUUUCAUGUCACUUCAGUUGUACCCAUUCUUCGUGGCAAAGUAAUGAGAGAAGUGGGAGUCGAAAUUGUGGGACAAGGAGCCCUAAAAGUUACAGGAUUUCUCAGAGAGCUAAUGCAGCAGAGAGGCAUAGCCUUCGAAUCUUUAUACACCGUUAGAACACUAAAGGAGAAACUAUGCUAUGUAGCCGCCGAUUAUGAGGCAGAGCUACGCAAAGAUAAUCCAGCAUCAUUUGAGGUGGCAGGUGAAGGUUGGUUUACUUUAUCAAAGGAGCGUUUCCAGGCUGCUGAGAUCCUAUUCCAGCCGCAUAUUGGAGGAGUGCGUGCAAUGGGGUUGCAUCGAGCCGUAGCACUUUGUGUUGACCAUUGUGCUGCUUCAGAAAUAGCAAUUGACGAUGGCUGGUACAAAACUGUAGUUUUAACUGGUGGAACUGCUUGCUUGCCAGGAUUACCUGAGAGAUUGGAAAAUGAACUGCGCAAACUUCUUGAACCAUCAAUAUCUGAUGGAAUAAAAGUCCUUCCCCCUUCACAUGGAGCGGAUUCUGCUUGGUUUGGAGCAAAACUCAUUAGCAAUGUAAGCACCUUUCUUCAAGCAUGGUGUGUUGAUAAGAAACAAUUACGUCAGAGGUACCGACGCAAUGCAUCACCAUAUCCCAUUGCAUGGUAAUUACUUCAUUAUAUUUUGACUUCCUUGCAAUGUUAAAACCUUGCAGCUUUGAUCCUGUAUGUGAUUCUUUCCUCGAAAACUUAUUAUUCAAUUUAAAAUAUGAUGCUACAAAUGACCUCGCAGAAUGAAUAAUGUAGGAAGCUUGAUUUUUAACUAUAAGUGUUACAGCACAUUGUACAGUGUUAUUAUGUAAAGUUUAUUGACAUGAAAAUAAUUUCUUCUAGUGGUUCUGUUACUUCUCUGGAGGAAAAAAGGUUUAGGAACAGAUUAUGUAGAAAAAAAUGUAUCUGUUACAUGAUUUGGCAAUAGAUGCUGCUCAUUCUUUAGCUAAA